CUGUCCACAGGUGCACCAGCCGUGAUGCAGCAGCCACGAGUGGAGACGGAUAUCAUCGGGGCUGGCGAGGGGCCCCAGCGGGCAGUGCCCUGGUCGGCCUGGGUCAUCCGUCAGGACUGGGUGCGUUGGUGGGUAUGCCACAUACCUCGGAGCUGGGCCCAGUGGUGGAAUACAUCAGGCUGGCGGCAACCACUACAGCGUAUGCUAUGGGGUCUGGAGGGGACUCUCUACCUGCUGUUGGCACUGAUGCUAUGCCACGCGCUCUUCACCACGGGCUCCCACCUGCUGAGCUCCCUAUGGCCGGUGGUGGCUGUGAUGUGGAGCCACCUGCUGCCAGCUCUCCUCCUGCUUGUGCUCAGUGCCCUGCCUGCUCUGCUCUUCGCGGCCUCCUUCCUGCUGCUCUUCUCCACACUGCUGAGCCUCGUGGGCCUCCUCACCUCCAUGACUCACCCAGGCUACGCUCAGGACUUGGACCAAUAGAAGGGCAACCCCAUCUUACUGCUUGUGUCUGUUGAGCCCUGACCUAGGGCCUGAGCCCCGUGGG